AUGAAUCAACCUUUAACCAAUGAAGAAGAGAUUAUUACUCUCUGUGGGUUAAUUUAUCCAUACGAAGAUUAUCUGAAGUCAGACAUCCACAAGAAAGUGAAAGUUAAGGGUCAAGUCACAACUGUGACAUCAGCGAAGAAGUCGAGCAUCUGGGAACGGGUCUAUGAUCUUCUUUUGGCAGCGCAUCCUCGAAUUGCUAACCUGACGAUCACUCAAGUUCAAAAUCAAUGGAGAAAGUACCGAGCAAAGGUCCCAUGUUAUAUUCAGAAGUUUCAUCAGGGAAAAGAGAUGUCACAGGUAAGCAUUGUGUUGGACAUUGGCUCAUAAAGAAAUACUUUCAGCUUGAAUCAUCAGUGCUUGAUGCAACUGGAUUCAAUUUUGAGAUUGAUAGUAGCUACGUCGCCCCUGAAAAGAAGAAACGGAAAUAUGUGAGCAAGAGUCCGGGAAACAAAUCAAAGACUGCUGGCGAUGGUGGAAAUGAAGACAAAGAAAUUAACGAUUCUGUAAGUUUUGAUGUUUUCUUGGCCUAAAUGGCCUUCUGAACAAUGAAAGCUUGAGACCUUGAUUUUCCUAUAUUCAAAUUUUUUGAAUAUAGGCAAAUCAGCUCCCCACGGCGCUGCGAAGACUCCCUUAGAUCGAUCUUCUCCUUCCGCUCUUCCCCGACCUUACUCUCGCUCUUUUCUAAGGCUUUUUCUCUUUUUCCGGAAUCUUUUUCGGACUUUAAAGAGCGUUGUGCCUGAGGCGGUUUGCGGCUACUUAAAAUGGCUUGGCAUUGGAGCGUGUUUUUACGAAAGGCCUUUGUCACAUAUGCCCCAGCUAUCGUGACGAAUGCCUUUCAGGGCUUGGCGAGAUUGAGUUUCGUCGGUUUUUGGGUGUUUGAAGCGUUUAAAGGCUUGUUCGUAAACCGUUAAAAUAAGGAUUUUGAUAGGUUGUUACGUCGUAUUUGACGUUAAAUCACACUAUUUUUAGAUGAAACAACAAUCUCACUUCACGGACGAUGAGAUUGUUGCCUUCGGAGAUGUCAUCGGACCUUAUGAAACCUAUUUGACCACAAUUCUUGGGGAAAAAGCCAGGAUCAAGGGAAAAAAUUUUGUUGUGCGCGCAGAAAAGAAAAAAGAAAUAUGGGGGAAAGUGUUCAACGACUUGUGUCAGAUCCAUCCAAGACUCAGCGAACUCGGAUUAUGCAAAAUUCAGAAUCAUUGGAGGAAUUGGCGAAGGAAGACAUCAACCUUGGCCAGGAAAUACAAUACGGGACAAGGACUGAGUAGAGUAAGAUUUGGUGAAAUUUGGUUCGAAAAUAUCUGCAAAUCCGAUAACCGGAUUCAAUAUUGCAGGUAGAAUUAGCCGUUUUCAACGCAAUGAAGGAGAAUAUUGUAAGCAGUAACGAAGGGAAACCCCGGAAGCAAUCAGCCCGGUUUCAUUCCAUCAAACAAGAGCCCAUGGAUGAGGAAAUGGCUCCUUUUGAUCUCUAUAACGAAAUUUCAUCUGACAAUAGAUCUCUUGAUUUUCUCUCUGUACGUUUUUUAUGCAGUGUUAAAGCUAACAGGAGGAGUUUAGGAUAAAUUUUAAUUGCUUUCAGGAUCUUUCGAGACCUCAAAGAGUUGUCAGACCCGGCUACAGUCUGAUAUUCAAUCGAAAUGGAAUCCAAAAUAUGCCAAUCCCUUCUCAUGAAGAUCAACAAGACCUUAUUUUUACUCCAAUAAAUAACAUGACUCAAGAAUUAACUCCUGCCAAUACUCCCACUACAUCCACCAGUGUAACGAGUCAUAAUGUUCAGAAUGUGAGUUUCCCAUUUCCAGUUCCAAACUAUUUCCAGGAGAGCAAAUUAAACUUGUCAGAAGUUCUCCAAAUCGUCGAUUACUGUACUAAAAACAAUAAAAAGUUUGAGAUCCUCGAUGGAGCCCUGGUAUUCAGAGAUCGGCGUCCAGAUGAGGGAGAAGAAGUCCGGAUUCCAUUGGAAGCUCUGGGGAAACGCAUUCCUCUAUAA